AAGUCUGCUCCCUUCUGCCCCGACUCACUCCGUACGUCCGACGAUAUGAAGGACAACAAAGUGGCCCAGGUCAGCGUCGCCGACUUUAUGCGGGAGUUCGUUCCAGGCCCAGACCUUCCCGACGGCUUCGUUGCUGAGCCGUUUCUACCUGCCAAUUUCCGGCGUCAGGAGGCCGCUAUGUACGGUGAACUGGUGAGUGGUGUUCAGUGGGUUAUUCAAGGUCCCGCCGACCAGAUGCUCGUGGCCAAGGACACGCAUCGUUGGUGCGACCCUCUAGACAAGUACGACUUCGAGGAUAAGUUGAGCCCGGACGUGAUCAUCUACCCCUCGCACGCUGAUGCUCGCCGGGCAUAUACUCUCGAGGACCUGUCUUCCUUUUCCGAUGAGGAGAGGAAACGACACGAGAACAAAGCUAGGACUUCUUGGCUAUGGGCUACACUGUACAUCGAGGCGAAGGCUGAUGAAAAAUAUACACCGUUCAGCAUCCCGGACUCGAUGCGGGAGCUGGAAACGCAGAAGGAAGAAGAGACACAGAGGCAGAUGAGCCAUUACGUCUCGAAGGUCAUGCAACGACAAUUUCUGCUCCAUUUCUUCACAAUCUUCACCUGCCGCGACGUCGCGUGGCUGCUUCGUUGGGAUCGCGCCGGCCUCGUUGUCUCCGAGCCGUUCAUCCUCGUGAAGAAUCCGCGCCUUUUGUACACCUUCCUGUAUCGUUUCGCUCGCAUGAGCGACACGGACCGUGGCCAUGAUCCCUCCGUGGUACCGGCAACCGAGGCAGAGGCUCAGCUCCUGCGCAGCUUCAACAAGUUCCCGCCGCCGGAAACCUGGUGCAGGGAAACAUUUGCCGGAACUUUGGUUGAUGGCUGGCCGAUCUCGAAGAUUCUCGUACCGGAAGACGACAUGAUUUCGGAGGCCGAGCUCAUGAGCGGCACGAAGGAGGAGCGGGGCGCAUCGGAAGCGCCGGGCAGACGCAUGUGCGAGUUCCUCGUCGGGAAGCCUACGUUCAUGAACACAUCCGUGUACGGACGGGCGACAAGAUGCCACAUCGCGUACGACGUAGCUGGAGACCGACUAGUGUUCUGCAAGGAAUGCUGGCGCACGGACACGCCGACAUCGCAUCCAGAGGGGGAAGUAUACCUUCGCUUGCAUAGCAAGAACGUCAGCUACAUUGCAACGCCUAUCGCAGCCGGCGAUGUGCACGGCAAGAAUGGUGCGCAUCGCACACGCACUCAGGAGUUCACCAAGGGGUCGAAUCCGAUGCUUAUUCAAUAUCGCUUAAUAUUGGAGGAAAUCGCGCGACCUCUCACAUCGUACAAGACGUCGUCUGAGCUGAUCACGGCUUUGUACUUGUCUUUGUUAGCACACGAAGAAGCAUGGAGGCUGGCCAAGAUUAUACAUCAAGACAUCAGCGCAGGUAACAUGUUGAUCUACUGGUACCGCACCUCGGACGGGGAGCUCGUCUGGAAGGCGUUACUGGUCGAUUGGGGUCUCUGCAAGUAUGAAGAAGAGAUGAACGAUCCAGUCGUCAGAAGAACUCGUGCAGGUACCUGGCAGUUUAUAUCUGCCGUAUUGCUGAGGUGGCCGACAAAAUUCAUGCACACGAUAUUCAACGAUCUGGAGUCGUUCAUACACGUCCUCCACUGGAUGUGUUUACGGUUCCAUGCCACGAACAUGAGCGAGAGCCAACUCAUCGCACAUGUCAGGUGGACCUAUGACGAUAUCGAAAAGGACGCCAGCGGCAACUUCGUAGGUGGCUACCAGAAGUUCUUGAACCUGUUUUACGGUUCGACAUCCUUUCGGUUGCUUGGAGGAUCUGCCAACGCCGGUCUGCAAUCCCCUGGCCUCCAGAGGCUCUUAAGGGAGCUUGCACGGUUGUGCCAACAGCAUUACAGGUGGAUGGAACCGCAACUGCCCGUGCCGGACUCGGUAUUGGCGCUGCUGCAGAAGUCGCAGGACAACCCUCCGCCUGCCGCACGACGGAAGGAUGGCCAUCUCCCGCCUCCAAAGACGCUGAGACGUACGAAGCAAGUGGCACAAAAUGUGUCUCCUGAACCCGUCCUGGAGACCCACACCGCAAUGAUGGAAGCCUUCGAGGUCAUGUUAUAUUCGCCGCUUCCGUGGGUCGAAGAUGACAAGGUUGGCGACCGCUUCGCAUGCGCAGAGACUUUCCUCGAGCAGCAGCAGAGGCAGUCGAGGGAGGCCUCUAGGCUGUCGUCUGAGAUGGAGUCACUCGCGGAGGACAGACCACGGAAACGGCGCGUCGGAAGCAGUACCAGUUCGGUUACCACGUCGGCCACGGAGUCGGCCACAUCGGAGUCCCAGCUAGGCUCGAUAAAUGAGAAUAUCGAGAGCUGA